AUGCACGUGAGGGUUCAUACUGGCGAAAAGCCCUACUCGUGUGACUAUUGCUCCAAGACGUUUGCCGACUCUUCAAGCUUAAAGAAACAUUUGAGAGUUCAUACUGGUGAAAAGCCCCACUCGUGUGACUAUUGUUCAAAAGCAUUCGCUCAAUCUUCAAACUUAAAUAAACAUUUGAGGGUUCAUACUGGUAAAAAACCCCACUCGUGUGAUUAUUGUUCAAAAGCAUUCACUCUGUCUUCAAGCUUAAAGACACAUUUGAGCGUUCAUACUGGUGAAAAGCACCACUCGUGUGAAUAUUGCUUCAAGACGUUUGCCGACUCUUCAAGCUUAAAGAAACAUUUGAGAGUUCAUACUGGUGAAAAGCCCCACUCGUGUGACUAUUGUUCAAAAACAUUCGCUCAAUCUUCAAACUUAAAUAUACAUUUGAGGGUUCAUACUGGUGAAAAGCCCCACUUGUGUGACUAUUGUUCAAAAACAUUCACUCGAUCUUCAAGCUUAAAGAAACAUUUGAGAGUUCAUACUGGUGAAAUGCCCCACUCGUGUGACUAUUGUUCAAAAACAUUCACUCAAUCUUCAAGCUUAAAUAAACAUUUGAAGGUUCAUACUGGCGAAAAGCCCCACUCAUGUGACUAUUGUUCAAAAACAUUCGCUCAGUCUUCAGACUUAAAGAAACAUUUGAGCGUUCAUACUGGUGAAAAGUCCCACUCGUGUGAAUAUUGCUUCAAGAAGUUUGCUGACGCUUCAAGCUUAAAGAAACAUUUGAGAGUUCAUACUGGUGAAAAGCCCCACUCGUGUGACUAUUGUUCAAAAACAUUCGCUCAAUCUUCAAACUUGAUUAAACAUUUGAGGGUUCAUACUGGUGAAAAGCCCCACUCGUGUGGUUAUUGUUCCAAGACGUUUGCUGUCUCUUCAAGCUUAAAGAAACAUUUGAUAGUUCAUUCUGGUGAAAAGCCCCACUCAUGUGAUUAUUGCUUCAAGACGUUUGCAGACUCUUCAAACUUAAAGAAACAUUUGAUUGUUCAUACUGGUGAAAAGCCCCACUCGUGUUACUAUUGUUCAAAAACAUUCACUCAAUCUUCAAGCUUAAAUAAACAUUUGAGGGUUCAUACUGGUGAAAAGCCCCACUCGUGUGAACAUUGCUCCAAGACGUUUGCUGACCCUUCAAGCUUAAAGACACAUUUGAGAGUUCAUACUGGGGAAAAGCCCCACUCGUGUGACUAUUGUUCAAAAACAUUCGCUCAGUAUUCAAACUUAAAGAAACAUUUGAUAGUUCAUACUGGUGAAAAGCCCCACUCGUGUGGUUAUUGUUCCAAGACGUUUGCUGUCUCUUCAAGCUUAAAGAGACAUUUGAGAGUUCAUACUGGUGAAAAGCCCCAUUCGUGUGACUAUUGUUCAAAAACAUUCGCUCAAUCUUCAAACUUGAAUAAACAUUUAAGGGUUCAUACUGGUGAAAAGCCCCACUCGUGUGGUUAUUGUUCCAAGACGUUUGCUGUCUCUUCAAGCUUAAAGAAACAUUUGAUAGUUCAUUCUGGUGAAAAGCCCCACUCAUCAUUCACUCAAUCUUCAAGCUUAAAUAAACAUUUGAUAGUUCAUACUGGUGAAAAGCCCCACUCGUGUGACUAUUGUUUAAAAACACUCACUCAAUCUUCAAGCUUAAAUAAACAUUUGAAGGUUCAUACUGGCGAAAAGCCCCACUCGUGUGAAUAUUGUUCAAAAACAUUCGCUCAAUCAUCAGGCUUAAAGAAACAUUUGAGCGUUCAUACAGGUGAAAAGCCACACUCGUGUGAAUAUUGCUCCAAGACGUUUACUGACGCUUCAAGCUUAAAGAAACAUUUGAGAGUUCAUACUGGUCAAAAGCCCCACUCGUGUGACUAUUGUUCAAAAACAUUCGCUCAAUCUUCAAACUUGAAUAAACAUUUGAGGGUUCAUACUGGUGAAAAGCACCACUCGUGUGACUAUUGUUCAAAAACAUUCGCUCAAUCUUCAAACUUGAAUGAACAUUUGAAGGUUCAUACUGGCGAAAAGCCCCACUCGUGUGACUAUUGUUCAAAAACAUUCGCUCAGUCUUCAGGCUUAAAGACACAUUUGAGCGUUCAUACUGGUGAAAAGUCCCACUCGUGUGAAUAUUGCUUCAAGAAGUUUGCUGACGCUUCAAGCUUAAAGAAACAUUUGAGAGUUCAUACUGGUGAAAAGCCCCACUCGUGUGACUACUGUUCGAAAACAUUCGCUCAAUCUUCAAACUUGAAUAAACAUUUGAGGGUUUAUACUGGUGAAAAGCCCCACUCGUGUGGUUAUUGUUCCAAGACGUUUGCAGACUCUUCAAACUUAAAGAAACAUUUGAUAGUUCAUACUGGUGAAAAGCCCCACUCGUGUAACUUUGUUCAAAAACAUUCACUCAAUCUUCAAGCUUAAAUAAACAUUUGAUAGUUCAUACUGGUGAAAAGCCCCACUCGUGUGACUAUUGUUUAAAAACACUCACUCAAUCUUCAAGCUUAAAUAAACAUUUGAAGGUUCA